CAUGCAGCCGGACGUCCACUGUCUUGUGUUUUUUACGUUUUUGUGCUCUGUUCAGUGCCAAUGGGAUCAGUUUGCGAGGGAUGAUAUCUAUUUGGAAAAUCCAACCACCGAUUCACCAUCUGAUUCAGGUUUGAACUUCCAUGACAGAGACCAAACACACUUCCUGUAUAGUCACAAUGAUGGUAGAACAAGAAGGCAGGCUUACAACAACAAAUAUCCCAGCUAUGGUGGGGGAGGUUAUAGCUGGAAACAUUACUUCGCCAUACCCCCUGUACCAAUAUAUAGUAACUCUAAAGAGUCUGUAUACAUUAGGGAAGAAAACCUGAAACGUUUAAAGAACACGCUUGAGAAGGACACCAUAUUCCAAUUUUUAAAUCCAAAAGGGUUGAGGAUUUCAAUACCAGCUGACAGCAUAAAUGUGAGAAUCCUGGACUUUCGGCUCAAACUGAACGAGGAGUUUCGAGGCAGCGACGGUGGCCAUUACCUUCCCAACAGCAGCAAGCGUGGCGGCCUCUGGAUAUAUGACGUUCCGGAGCUUCAGGUGCAACAAGGCAACAAGAUCUAUUAUUGGUUGAAAGUCAACUUUAUAAAAGAGGCGAGCGACAUUAUUGUCAAUGGCGUGCUGGAUAUUGAGCGGGGGAACCCUCACAGUGGAGGAGAUCAAAUUCCAUUUCGUCCAAAGCCUGCACCAGUCAUCCCGGAUCCAUCCUUCGGCGGGGGAAACACUCCAUCUUAUGCUGGAAACAAUCCUUCCUAUGGGGGAGGAAACAGCGUUUCUCUAGGUGAAGGUCUCGGAGGUGGUAUGAGAGGUGCAUUUAGCUGGAAUCACCAGUUCACGAUCAAUGCUACCGGCAGCAGUUUUUCACAGAGUUCUUCCAAUAACUGGAUUAGACAAGCUGACUUGUUAAAAAAUAAUCUUCAGAAUCUGCGGUUCCAGUUCUCGAGUCCUACAACACUGAUGAUUACAAUUCCAGAUGCCAAUAUAAACAGAAUCGAGGAUAUACGAGUGAAAAUAAAUGAGGAAUUCCGAGCCAAUGACGGAGGUCAUUAUAACCCGAAGAGCUACAGAAGUGAGGGAUUAUACAACUUUGACUUUCCCCAUCAACAGGCUGGGCCUGAGGACCGGAUAUACUAUGUAAUGAGAGUGAGGCUAGGAUCUGAGGGGAUUGACGCUACUGUCAGAGGAGUUUUGACAAUAAACUAUGUGGGUUCCGCCCAGGGGUCCGUUGUAGCUCAACCCACCCGACCAACAUACUCUCGUCCUUCUCCUGGAACUGUCAACAGUCCCCCGUCACUGGACGGGGCUCUAGGCGGAGGCACGGGGACGCAGAGGACCAGCUGGAAUCACAGGUUCAACAUAAACACCACCUACAGUACAUCUUUUACGGAAGAUUCUGCCAACCGAUGGUUUGAUGAAGCUCAGCGUUUCAAAGAGUUAUUGGAAAAGGAUACCAAGUUUCAAUUCUACUACCCGACAGGGUUAAGCAUUACAAUCACAGGGGAUAGCGAAGACAUUAAAAUUUUGGCUUUCAACAUAAAACUGAAUGAAGAGUUCAGAACGUUGGGUCCUGGGAACUAUGUGGCCAACGUCACACGCACAAGAGAUGGACACUGGAGUUAUUAUUACCCAAAUCUGCACCUGAACCAAGGAGACAAAGUCUUCUACUGGAUGAGAGUUACUAUAGGGAAACAAGCUUUUGACAACACAGUCAAAGGCGUGUUGGAGAUUGUCGAGGGAGAUCCCCACCAAGGUGGAUCAUACCAACCCCAACCACCCCCAACAUCACCAGUGAUGCGACCCCCAUCUUUGUCGCCUGAUUACUCCAAACCGUAUCAACCCAACCAAAAUCCUCAAACCAAUAUAAACCAAAGCCUGAAACCAUACCAACCGCAACCACGCCCUAAACCACCAGUAACCCGGCCACCACCAGUAUCCUCUUACAAUCCAUAUCAACCCAACCGAAAUCCUCCGACAAUUCCUAAUCAGAGUCCCAACCCAUAUCAACCAAACCAGAAUCCUCUAACAAAUUCCAACCAGAAACCAUAUCAACCCGACCAGUCAACGUCAACCAUGAAUCCAAACCCUUAUCCUCCAUACAACAUUCCCUCUGACCGGAAUCCUUCACUACCGAACAGGAACUGUGAUUCUGCGUUGACUUCUGUAACGAAGGGUGGAGUUAAGAUAAACACAUGCCCAGGAGAUGUGUUGAUGGACCAUAAGUUUAACAACAUGGAUGGGUGGUCACACCAGAUAUCUAUUGCAGGAAAAUAUUUGGAGGACGAGUUCACAAGUUUUACUCAGGAUGCAGAGAAUUCCUGGUUGCAGCAAGGACGACUUUACAUCAAACCUACGUUGUUGGAGGAUAAAGCCAAUGACUCCUUUGUGAGGCGAGGAGAACUAUUUCUGUCAGGGUGCACUCUUUCCAAUCUGGCAUCAAACUACUGUCACCGAACGGCUCAAGGAUUUACCAUCCUUCCUCCCAUAUAUUCGGCUAGACUCAACACAGAAAACUCGUUAUCUUUUCGCUACGGGAUUGUUGAGAUCAGAGCCAAGUUCCCUAAAGGAGAUUGGUUAGUGCCAGAUCUGUGGCUGGAGUCUGUCAACCCAAGAGUAGACGAGAAGGUGAUCAUUGCGAUGUCCACGGGAAACACAGGAGUCUCGGCCAAUCAGAUGUCUGCAGGGGUCAUGAGUAAUUCCAACAAAGAUGUCAACCUUAACAACAUCAAGGGCUCCAGUCCGUGGUACCAAGGCUUUCAUACCUUCAAAAUGGAGUGGAUGCCAGAUAAAGUUACAUUUUCUGUGGACAAUCGAAAAAUUGAUGAACUUUCUCCAGGAUCUUUUCCGAUUUUAAAACAAGAGGCGUACAUAUCAUUAGGGGUUCAUGCAGGAGGCUACAGAGAUUUUCCUGAUCAAUUGUUUCCAAACAAACCAUGGGAAUACGAUGAUCCAAAAAGGUUCGUCAGGUUCUGGGAUGCUAAGAAGGAUUGGUACCCAAGUUGGAAGAAUGAUCCAUUCUUACAAGUGGAGUACAUUAAAGUUACAGCUUUGUAAAUGGUUCACAUUGAAUUUUUCAUCUGUUUUAUUUAUUAUUACCAAAGAUAUAUACAUAAUUAGUUACUUUUCUAACUUUGUUUAUCCUUUUCAAAAUCAUUACCACAUUACU